GUUUGCUGGCUUGGGUACGGAUGAAGGGACAAUAAGAGAAGCAAGGCUGCGCCAUCCUUUGGUUCUUCGAUUCCUAAUCUGUUCUACCUCUGCGAGUCAAACAGCGCCCCUGCUCGCACCCCCCGCCAUACGGAUACACUGCUAUACCCUCCCUUCCGGUACCCCGCGCCUGGUCGUACGCUAGGUAGAUAUUAAUCGUAAAUGCCUCUCGUACCUGCGUCGAGCGUGUCGAACGGAGGUCCCCAGAACGAGAUGCAAACCCGGUCAGUGGGUGCCACGGCGGCGACGGCCCUUACAACCGGGUGGAUAACCGGCAUUAUUCUUUUCGUCGGCUUCGGCCUCGUCGGCCUGGGCAUACUCACCUGCGUAUACAUCCGGAGCCAGCAGCAUCGGGGCCAGGCGGCUCAGGCUCAGGCUCAGGCUCACGUUGAGCCCAAGGGCGGAGACCACGGCGCGCCCAGGCCUACAUGUGAGGCCCCAAACACGCAAAUCCCGCCCCGAGAGCUGCCCGACAACCAAGUAGUGCAGCAGGUGGACUCGAACCCGCGAUACGAGCUCGCCGGGUAGCCCAUGGGAGAAGCUCGACGACAAGUUUCCUAUCACGCGGACCGAUCGUUGGGUGGGCGGGAUGAAGAUUCGGCGGCUAGAUAGGGAUAUCCCAUGCGAGGUGGUGGUACGAU